UGCUGUCUCGUCGGCCAACACUGUAAGGGGAUAUGUUUCAGUGGAUGUUAACAUUUCAUAUCUGUAAAGGUAUUCUGAGGAACUAAAUUAUUAAUAACUAUUUCUUAAUGGUAAUCUGAUACACUGCUGUUUCACCUACAAUUAAUGUAUACAGGAAAUUACUAAUUAGAAUGGAAAUAUUUCACACCGUAAUUAAUUUGAAUUGUAAAAACAAAGGUCUUGUGUGUAUAAAGGUCCGGAGUGAGUGGCGUAAUAUAUGAGUUGUUUCAGACGUGACGAGGGAGAGAGCUCGGUGGACGAGCUAUAUAUGUCGGUCCAGUUCAAUUUUACCACGAACAAGAUGGCGAACCGGUGGUCGAAAUUUGGAAUCAUUUUGUGUAUUAUGAUAUUUCAUAUUUGCAAAUCUAGUGCACAUUUCCGAAGACAACGUAUUUCCAAACAUAGCGGACCGGUGUGGAAUUCUGCUUCCGGAAACUCGGGGGGGUUGCCAGUGGGAAACAAUGGAGGUUACCUACCCGCACCAACUCCAAAACCUUAUGUUCAAACUAGGACCGUGUCCAGUGGACAAGACUUUCCACAGCAAGGAAACGCUCAGACUAUGAGAGGAUCGAGCCGAAGGGUGUUUAUUUCUGCAUCCGGGACCGGAGCGUCACGAGAGGCAUUGAUGGAACAGAUGAGGAAAAUGAUCAAGGAACAGCAAGAGCGUAUUCGGCAACAGGGUGGCAACGGAAAAUUUACCAUAACAAGUCAUACCUCCCACAUAAUACAUGGGGCUCCACAGAUAGUCCAGGGCCCGAAAUCUCUGCCUGUGGCGCCGCCGCCGCCUCAGCAACCUUACAAGAGUUCGAAACCAUUGACACAGUCGAAGUUUACUAAACAGGAGAAGGCAACACUACUGCAGUACCAUAAUGAUGUAAGACAGAACCUGAACCCUCCCCCAAAGAUUAUGGAACAUAUGAAAUGGAGUGAUGUGCUGGCGGGAAAGGCGCAGGAGUAUGCAGAGAAGUGUGAGUGGAGGCACAGUGACAAGGGUGGUCGGAGAGAUAAACUCGGCUACCGGUUUGUCGGGGAAAACCUCUACAUAUCAACGUCCUAUGGUGUGACGAAAAGUGUGAAGAGCUGGGCAGACGAGAAGGCGUAUUACGAUUACUGGGCAAACACAUGCGUCCCUGGUCAACAGUGUGGACACUACACACAGAUGAUUUGGGGAACAACAAACAUGGUGGGCUGUGGAAUUCAUUUCUGUAAGAAGGUGGAGUUCUGGAGACGUGGUGACGCUUACUAUGUCGUCUGCAACUACGGACCUGGAGGAAAUAUUAAUGGGGCACGUCCAUAUGAGGCCCAAACACGGACCAGUGGUAAUAGUGGCGAUAACAGAAGCAGUGGAAACAACUGGAACAGUCAGACAAGCAGAAGCAGAAAUACCCAGGAUAGUUGGAACGGUCAGAUGAAUACCGGCAAUAGUGGAACUAACUGGAACAGUCAAAAUAAUGGGAUACCUAGUAAUUCUGCUAACAAAUGGAAUAGUGUUAGCACCGGUACAGGUGGACAACAGGUAAUCAGUGAAGCACGUGGUCAUCAUAAACCCACAAAUUCCAAGAAGACGAUUAUAACACAUACAAAAACUAGCAACAAGAAUGUAAUAAGCAGAGUAAGCAGAAGGAAAACGCGAUCUCGCCGUCGUCGUCGCCGCCGUUAGGGGUACGAGACCAAGGGGUUUAACUGUUAUUACAAGGGGGAUGUAACAUGCGUUACCUUAUGUAGCCAUCAAAGAUUACUAUUAUUGCAAUUAUACAUCACGAGUUUUGUUAUUAUUGCACUACUGAUUUAGGUAGCAGUCCGUAGUUUCUAUGCCAUGGGAAGUCGUUGAAUGUUAAAUGUCCCUUAGUCAUAUGUUCAGUAUUUUGGGCAAAUUAGCUCUAUUAUGUUUCAAUUCGAACAAAUGCCGAUAUUAAAUUUGAAAAUCAAAUGAGUUUGCAUGGUAGAAAAAUAAUGUUAGGAACUCGCCUUUAUUAAAAUAAAGACGAAAACAAAAUAUACAGAAAGAAAUGAGAUAAGUAAAGAAAUUUCAACUUCAUUUAUCCUUCUUUUAUUGUUUGAGACAAUAUGAAGAGAUGUUUUGUUAAAAAACAACAUGUUAUUGCCUACUCUAUAAUCUAGCGCGUAUAAGUGAGGUAUUUGCAAGGUAAAUCAACACUAAAAACUGUGUACAUUAUCUGGACUGCUACCUUAAUCUAAUUUUUGUUUGUUCCUCCUAAAUGCCAGAUAUCUGAUAUGAUAUUGAUAUGAUAUUGUGAAAAUAUGGUUAAAUCCUUUCAAAGUUGGCUAAAACAUGCCAUCAGCACUUUAUGAGUGGUUUUACGCUUUUAAUGUUACCCAGUAGAGGAUAGCAGUCGCAUCUUAACCUAUGGAAAAACAAAACAAAUAACCGUUUAUUAAUAUUUGUUACAAUAUGUUUCAUGCUCGUUUUAUCGCAGAAAGGUGGACAGAUAACGUGAGGUUCUCACGGAUAUGGCCUGAUACCUACUAUAUUUGAAUGGUGUCAAAAUGUGUACAUUAAAAUGUAAAAUAAAGAAUUCUGUUAGUU